UUUACACAAGUUCAACAGUUCGAAAGGAAAAGGCAAUAGUAAGGGUUUCAAAAUGGCAGAGAAAUUUGAAAGUCUCAUGAACAUUCAUGGUUUUGAUCUGGGCUCUAGGUAUAUGGACUUAAAACCAUUGGGUUGUGGAGGCAAUGGGUUGGUUUUUUCUGCUGUAGACAAUGACUGUGACAAAAGAGUAGCCAUCAAGAAAAUUGUCCUUACUGAUCCCCAGAGUGUCAAACAUGCUCUACGUGAAAUCAAAAUUAUUAGAAGACUUGACCAUGAUAACAUUAUGAAAGUGUUUGAAAUUCUUGGUCCCAGCGGAAGCCAGUUAACAGACGAUGUAGGCUCUCUUACCGAACUGAACAGUGUUUACCUUGUUCAGGAGUACAUGGAGACAGACUUGGCUAAUGUGCUGGAGCAGGGCCCUUUACUGGAAGAGCAUGCCAGGCUUUUCAUGUAUCAGCUGCUACAUGGGCUCAAAUAUAUUCACUCUGCAAACGUACUGCACAGAGAUCUCAAACCAGCUAAUCUUUUCAUUAAUACUGAAGACUUGGUGCUGAAGAUAGGUGACUUUGGUCUUGCACGGAUCAUGGAUCCCCAUUAUUCCCAUAAGGGUCAUCUUUCUGAAGGAUUGGUUACUAAAUGGUACAGAUCUCCACGUCUUUUACUUUCUCCUAAUAAUUAUACUAAAGCCAUUGACAUGUGGACUGCAGGCUGCAUCUUUGCUGAAAUGCUGACUGGUAAAACCCUCUUUGCAGGUGCACAUGAACUUGAACAGAUGCAGCUGGUUUUAGAAUCUAUUCCUGUUGCACAUGAGGAAGAUGUUCAGGAGCUUCUCAGUGUAAUUCCAGUUUACAUUAGAAAUGACAUGACUGAGCCACACAAACCUUUAACUCAGCUGCUUCCAGGAAUUAGUCAAGAAGCACUGGAUUUCCUGGAACAAAAUUUGACAUUUAGCCCCAUGGAUCGGUUGACAGCAGAAGAAGUGCUUUCCCAUCCUUAUAUGAGCAUAUAUUCUAAUUGCAUCAAAGCAAAAAAGAACUUCUCCAAGUUCUCUGACACCAACUAUGUGUGUUACAAUCGAUUCUAUUCUGACACAAACUACCUGGAGUCAGCGUCAGACUCCACAGGUUUAAGGGCUCCAUCCCACAAGAGUGAACCCACUUCAGAUGCCACCUGCAAGUUUCCGGCAUCUCGACCACCCAUGCUUCUGCCCAUCUGGCUAAAAUUCACAACUUCCUACAACCCCCUCAUUAAUACACUAAUUCACUAG